AUGUCGAAUCAAUCCGAGAGGCCAUGGUCCGAGGACGAGAAGUAUGCCCUACUCACCGAAAUCCUCAAAAAAGCUGGCAUUUCGUCCACCUAUCUCGUUCGACUCAUCAAUGACUUUCGUAUCAACCCCAAUUGGGAGCAUAUUCCUCUACCGCACGGUAUAUCUCCAACCAAGACUUGA